CACUUGAGAUGCCCUGUUCGGCUCUUUUGUACUCUUCUUGUGGUCUUCAACACAUCGACACUUCCUAACCCCAUAUUUGUUUGGUUUUAGUUAGUCCACCGCCAGGGUCUCUACAGUAAAUUUGAAGCCCUCAUUAUUGAUUCUUCCCUCCUUUCUCUCCGUCUCUUUCUCUCUGCCUCGUGGGAGGAAACUUCGAGCUUUGAUCUCUGAAGCAAUUCGAGAGAUAGAUUUUCCUUAGAGUGUGGUCAAUGAUCAAUACGCCUACGCUCUGAAAUCCAUUUAUUGGAACCUCCUUUACUAAAAAGUCCAAGCAAGCCAGCCAAGCCCUGGACUUCCUUCUGUCUACCAUUACCAUUCCUUUCACUUGGACCCCAAAAUGGAGAAUGCAAGCGAAAUGGCGAUUGCCCAGAUGAGGAAAUCGGUGGAGAAGCUUGGUUCUUCAACUGAGAAAUACAAAGACCCAACCUUGAUGAGGUUCCUGAUUGCAAGGUCAAUGGACGCCGACAAGGCUGCAAAGAUGUUUGUUCAGUGGCAGAAAUGGAGGGCAUCUUUUGUUCCAAAUGGGGUUAUAUCAGAUUCCGAAGUCCCUGAUGAAUUGGUCGGUAAGAAGGUUUUCUUACAGGGGUUAUCAACAGAGGGAUACCCACUUGUGAUUGUCAAAGCAAGCAAGCAUUACCCAUCUAAAGAUCAGCUUCAAUUCAAGAAGUUUGUUGUUCAUCUGCUGGACAAAGCUUUAGCCAGCUCAAUCAAAGCAAGGGAAGUCGGAAAUGAGAAGUUGAUGGCCAUCUUGGACCUGCAGCAAAUUGGAUAUAAGAAUGUGGAUGCCCGUGGGUUAAUCACUGGCUUCCAAUUUUUGCAGGCUUACUACCCAGAGCGCUUGCACAAGCUGUACAUCUUAAACAUGCCACGAUUCUUUGUAAGCGUAUGGAGGAUAGUGUCGCGAUGCCUUGAGAAGGCGACAUUAGAGAAGAUAAUGAUAGUUACCAACGAUGAAGAGGCGAGAGUUUUCGUGAGGGAAGUCGGGGAAGAGACAAUGCCAGAAGAAUAUGGAGGUCGCGCUGAGCUUGUGGCUAUCCAGGAUGUCACUUCGGCGUUUCCUACAUUGGAAGGCUGAUUUUGUACCGUGAGACAGAAGAAUUAGUUAGGCAGAUUGCAAUGGAAGCAUAGCUAUGGCGCAUCUUGCAACCGUGUAUUGGAUGGGCAGCUUUGUCAAGUUAACUUGCUUCACAAGACAUGGUUAGUACCUACUGCACAUUCAAUAAAGGUGUUGUUAGCAUGGCUAGUUCCAAAAUGAUCAACACACUGUGGACUGUAAUUAUGUUAACUCUAAUUAUAUCAGUUGGAAGUCCUCGUCAAAAAAUUGUCUGAGUUGGAAGUAUAGAUGGAUCGUCUGUCAUAUUCUUCUUCCCCAUAUUGAACCUUACAUAUAUGUUAACGAGAACAAACCUUUCUCAAUCUGAUUUCUUAUUUUCAAAAAGUUUUUUUUUUCCGGCUCAACGAUGUUUAGGACUUCUCAUUGAAUGAAUCAACUGUUACAUU